UAUUAAUUGGGACUGGACCUUAAAUUCUCUAAGACCCUGAGAAGAACGUCUCUAACUCGGCUACGGUUAUCCAUAUCUGACGGGGUCUCUCCGAAAUACAAUUGUUCGUGAUACACGCUACUACUUUUACAAACGCGAGCAACUGUGGACACGAGAGUUCCUUCUUGUUUAGGCAGGGCGCCCCGUUACAAUAUAUUACUGUCACUAGUAUCAGGUUUAUAAGGCUUAAACUACAUGUUUAUUUAAUGAUGCAGAUGUUUAAAGCGUUGUACGUGUUUACAAUGAAUGCAUUCUGUCAGUAGGAGGUUCGAAUCCCUGACCUUAAUGCAUAAAAGGUAAUCUACACCUAGAACGAUAGCGUGACGUCACAGUCGGGUAAGGAUUAAGUUGAGAUAAGAGGUGUCUGUUACAUCUGUGAACUCCCACGACAUGCGCUUGUGUCUUUCUUGAAAAGAAGCGAGGAUGUUGGUAUAUUGUAUACUCCUUUGUAGUAUAUUAUCAGCAGCUGUAUCGGAGAUCCGAUUCGCCUCCUACUAUGGAAGUCACAUGGUCUUACAACGAGCACCAAACAGAGCCGUAGUGUGGGGAACCGCGUCCAAGAUCGGCGACACCGUCACGGUGGCCGUCAGCGGUCAAGGUCACCAAACAACGAAGGUCGUCAAAAACCCGGAAGGGUCAGGCGGCUUUUGGAAGGCGACUCUCCCGGCCAUUUCUGAAAAGGGACCAUUUUCUGUGACGGUGACGUCCAGCGAGGGACAGCAGAGUUUAGAUGACGUUUUGUUCGGGGAUGUCUGGAUCUGCUCAGGACAGAGUAACAUGGAUUUUUCCAUGAGUCAGAUAUUGGACAGCAAAGCAGAAAUAGCCAAAACGUUGACAUUUAAAGAUAUUAGAAUAUUUAGAGCGUCAAAAGUAGAAUCCAAGACACCUUACGAAGAUCUUCACGGAAUAGCCACUAAGUGGACAGCUCCUACGAACGAAAGUAUACCAAGCUUCUCUGCUGUUUGCUUCCUGUUUGCUGAAAACGUCUACCCUCAUCUGAACUAUCCAAUCGGGCUGGUCCAGUCAUCGUGGGGCGGCACACCCAUACAGGCGUGGUCUUCACCAGAUGCUAUUCGCAAAUGCCCGUCACAACAAACCGAUUCUCCUGGUGACCCUAGCGUUCUCUGGAAUGCCAUGAUGAACCCUCUCAAGCGAAUGACAAUAUACGGCGCACUUUGGUACCAAGGUGAAGCCAACGCUGGUAGCGAAGCGUCUGCCGAGUUGUAUGCGUGUCAGUUCCCGGCCAUGAUAAAUGACUGGAGGUCUAAAUUCAACAAGGCUACUGACGGAGAAACAUCUCAACAUUUUCCAUUUGGAUUUGUACAGCUCGCUCCAUGGGAAAAAGAUCCAACAAAGGUGGGCGGAUUUCCCGCUUUGCGUUGGUCCCAGACGGUUAAACAUGGUUAUGUUCCAAACAACAAAAUGGCCGACACGUUCAUGGCGGUGGCGAUGGACCUUCCAGACUUCGAUUCACCGUACGGAUCAAUCCAUCCACGGGACAAGCAAGAUGUGGCCUAUCGGUUAGCUUUAUCGGGACGUGCAGUGGCAUAUUCUCAAAGUGUGCAGUUUCAGGGACCAUUUCCGAGCAGCUUUGAGGACCAGAAAGAAAAAAACUACUUAAAAAUCAUUUACGAUCAUUCUCCCAUUGAAAUAAAGAACAGACAAGGGUUUGAGGUUUGUUGUGGGGCCAAGAGUACGGAUACUUGUGGAGAGAAAGACAAGUGGCAUGCUGCGCCGAUUGAACAUUAUGACGAUAUGACCGUGACGAUAUCAAGUAGCGCAUGCGCAAAGGAUUAUAUAGUCGGACUGAGAUACGAAUGGAGAACGAGCCCUUGUGAAUUCAAAAUGUGUUCAGUUUAUGGACUUGACACUACGCUUCCCGCUCCACCAUUUAUUGCCAAUAAAAUCGCAUAAUGAUCCA